AUGCAACGUACUAUUGAUGAAAGUGGUGAUUUAUUAAUUUUAAGGAAAGAAAAAAAAUACAAAUAUACGCCUGCUUAUAAAUUAACCGCCCACCUUUCUCAAGAACUUUUUGCUUAUAAUCGUAUUGAUAAUA